AUGGCAGGCCAGUCGGACGGCGCCUGCACCCGGGACCUGUUCAGUGUGAGCGGGCAGGACGGCAACAGCCUGGUGCCGACCAUCUGCGGACAGAACAGCGGGCAGCAUCUGAUCCUGGAGGUGGGCGAGCGGCAGGGCCCGGUGCAGCUGCGCGUGGUCACGUCGUCGCUGGCGCCGCACCGCUGCAUCAACUACAUGGAGCGCGACGCCGGCGCCGGCUAUCUGAACAACCUGAACUACGCGAUGUGCAUCCGUAAGGAGGUGGACUUCUGCAGCAUCACCUACUCGACCGACAAGUUCGGCACCAUGGCCGAGGCGGACGAGUUCGAGAUCGUCAACUUCAAGCCCGACAACAGCACAGGUGACUGGUCCGCCGGCGUCGGGCCCGCCCUCUGCACCGACGACUACCUGCUGCUCGGCGCCGACCGACUCUGCGGCGAGAGGCUUAACGACGCGGCCAUGACCAGCGCCCUCACCGACAACGCUGACGUCACCGAUCGCUCGGCCGGGCCGUUCGUCGCCAGGUUCGUCACCAAUGAGCGGCGAGUGGGCCGUGGCUUCCGACUGUCCUAUCGUCAGAACCCCUGCACAGCGAGGCACGUGUGA